GACCCGAACCGCCCAGCGGUGGUUAUUUCAGGACCUUGAAAUCGAACGGACUUGAGCCAUUUCAUAUGCAUCAUCACCAGAUCCAAUCCAGUUUUCGAAAUUUGGUUUGCACUUCCCGUGAACUGCAGAAGCCGGCAGUUCAACCGCAGCCCACAGCUAACUCAAGCAGUGAUUGUUGGAGUAUCUUUCUUCCGAGUGGGUGAAUAUCUCUUACAUCCGUCCAUCAGUCCUUUACUAGGAGUUACUCGGAGUUCCGCUAGGCCUACGAUAGGCGAAAUAUAUUUUUGUUUUGACUUACAGUUGCAGCUUGUUUUCUUCGUGCAAAGCCUUCUUCAAGUUGAUUUAUCGUCGCCGGCAUGGGUGCCGCACGAUUCGUUCCGCCGCGGCUUCUGUUCCGCCAGCUGUUUGAGAAGGAAUCGAGCACGUACACCUUCCUGCUGGCCGACGAAACCGCACCAAACCGACCCGGCGUGUUGAUUGACCCCGUUGACUUGACCUUUGACCGCGACGUGCGGCUCGCAGAGGAGCUCGACGUGACGCUGCGAUUCGCGCUAAAUACGCACGCACACGCCGACCACAUCACCGGAACUGGACUGCUCAAGAAACGCGUACCCGGCAUCAGAUCCGUCAUUUCUGCCGCCAGUGGAGCUGGAGCUGACGUGUUGGUGGACCACGGUGACGUCAUCCCCUUCGGCCGAUUUGGUCUCCAGGUUCGGGCAACACCGGGCCACACCAAAGGGUGCAUCACAUUCGUUUUGGUGGAGCGGGUUGCUACUGUAGCUGCAGGAACCGCCGAGGCUGAUGGUCAAGACAGUGUGUGGAGGGAAGGAAGUGUGGACGUUGAGGGGUUCGCCUUUGAUAAGCUUGUAACGAGGAUGGCGUUCACUGGAGACGCACUGCUUAUACGAGGAUGCGGACGGACAGACUUUCAGGAGGGAGAUGCUAGUCAGCUGUACCGCUCAGUCCACAGCCAGAUAUUGUCACUUCCACCGGACACGCUUCUUUACCCUGCACACGACUACCAAGGCCGAACAGUUACGUCGGUGGAAGAGGAACGCAAGUACAACCCGCGGCUGACUAAGAACGAGGAGCAAUUCAAGGCCAUAAUGGAUGGCCUGGGCUUGCCUCCGCCAAAGAAGCUCAAGGACGCACUUCCUGCAAAUAUGGCAGAUGGGAAUGUUGAAGCCCAGAAUAACACCUUCCUUGCUGCUUGAUCAUCAGGUUCUUUUACUACGAAACUGCAGUCUGCAAUGAUCCACCAAAUGUACGGUAUUUAGCCACCUUAUUAUAUUAUGAUGCCUAUGUAUUCCAAUAUUA